CAACGCGGAGUCUCGACUCGUCUCCGUCGGGUCCAUCUCGCCGUUCCUACUCUGCUCGGAUCACAACACCACCACCCUUUGCUUCGCCUCUCGAGAUCUCUGCCUCCCGAUCGCCGUCUUCCUCGCUUAAACCCUCCUCCGCUAAAAACCAAACCUAAAAACCCUGUUUUUUCUUCUUCUCCCCCAAGCCACGACCACGGCGAUCGCUAUGUCGCGCGUCCUCCUCCGCCGCCUCCUCCUCCCCGGGAGCUGCACCGCUCACCCCUUCUCCGCCGCCUCCCGGGCAGCCUCCUCCUGCACCUCCCGGCCGGCCUCCUCCCAUCCCUCCUACACCUCCCGGCACGCCUCCUCCGCUCCCUCCUACUACGCCGCCGCCACCGCCGCCGCCGCGGCCGCCCAAGCGGAGGCAGGGGCGGCGGCGUCCGAGCCCUCGGCCGGCGCCGGCGAGCAGGGAUCCUCCCCGCCGCCCCCCGCGGCGCGCGGGCGGUGGGGCCUGCUCAAAUUCGGCGCCCUCGCGGCGGUCGCUGGGGCCAUCGGCGGCUUCGGAUACGUCAGCUAUGCAUAUUCGCUGGAUGAGGUGGAGCAGAAGACGCGGGAGUUCAGGAAGAAUCCGGCGCCUCCCAUCGCGGAAGAUGCCUCCGAAUUCGAGAAGUUUAAGGCCAUGGCUUACUCAACAGCUAUGAAAGUUCCUGUUGCAGCAAUAGAGCUCUACUUGGAUAUUAGGAGCACUAUUGAAGACCAUGUCAAGGGCUUUACGGAACCCACAUCGGACAAACUUCUACCAGAUCUACUUCCUCAAGAGCAGCAUGUCUUCACCCUAGUUCUUGAUCUGAAUGAAACUCUUGUUUACUCUGAUUGGCAGCGUGAGAGAGGAUGGAGGACCUUUAAGAGGCCUGGAGUUGAUGCCUUUGUGGAGCAUAUGGGAAAAUUUUAUGAAGUAAUUGUGUAUUCGGAUCAGCCACCUAUGUACGUUGAUCCUGUGAUUGAUAGGCUGGACUCAAAGGGUUAUGUCAGAUACAGGUUAUCAAGACCUGCAACUAAGUACCAGGACGGAAAACAUUUUCGGGAUUUGUCAAAGCUGAACAGAAACCCUGCGCAAGUUAUUUAUAUCAGCGCACAUUGUUUUGACUCUUGCUUGCAACCUGAAAAUUGUAUUCAGGUCAAACCUUGGAAACUUGAUAGUGGUGACACCCAACUGCUGGAUCUGAUUCCAUUUCUUGAGUAUGUUGCCACAGCUAGACCCGCUGACAUUAGGACAGUGCUUGCAUCCUAUCAAGGUUAUGAUGUUGCUACUGAGUUUCUUGAGCGUUCAAAGGAACACCAGAGGCGUAUGAAAGAACAGAACAGACGCUUGUGGCGACGGUGAUGGAUCUUGGAAAAAUUGCCAAUUGAUCUGUGAAUCCUAGUUGCGGGGGGGUGUUUUUUAAGGGCAUACGAAUCGCAUCCAUGUCGGCUUGUUGGCUGCUAUGAAGGAUAUCUUGUAGUUUUGUCAGUUUAGAUUUCAUGCUUUUGACUAAUUUCAGUGCUCAUUCCAUCAGAUUCCGAUUUGGAGUGGGCCCCUCUUUUAAGAACAUCAGUUGAAUGGUCAGUGUUGAGAUCCUGUAGUUUUACUUUGAUGGAAUUGUCAGCAAGUGCUGAAUCCUGAAACUGAAACGCAGAUUGUCUUGGAUCAUUUAGUGAUCGUGGCAUCGUCAUUGCAAGGGGAAAAACCAGAUUCCAAUGACAAUGUAUUCUGUCGACAUGUUAUAGUAAUUCGAUUUUUAUGGGAAACAUCAAUAGUGUAAAAGUUGUUCCGCUCCUUGAACCAUC